AUGCCUAGAAAAUACAAGGAGUCCAAGAAAAUUGAGGAGAUAGAGGAGGUAGAGGAAAGGGAAGAUGAGGAAUCCGAGAAAUCUGAGGACAACGAGGAAGAUGAGAGCGAUGAGGGAAGUGAGGAAGACGAAGAUGAUGAGGAAUCCGAAGAAGAUGGGUUGGAAGAGGAGGAAGAUGAAGAUGAAGAAAAAGAAGAAGGGGAAGAGGAGAGUGACGACAGCGAGGAAGGCGAGGAAGCUGAUGACGAGGAGGAAGAUGAUGAAGAGGAAAAUGAAGAGGAGCAGGCAGAUAUUACUCCAAUGACUGCUGAUCAAAUAAAGAUAGCUACGAACUUUGAUGCCCGCGAACCAACUGCGAAAGAUGCCAAGUUCCUUUGGAUAGUUCUUGAUUGCAUCGAAACUCCACCAGAUAUAAAUUGGAAUCUUGUUGCUGAGCGCUCUGAAUGCUCCAAUUCCUACAUGGCCCGUUCUCGCUUCGGUCAAAUGAGGACUCAAUUCCGCAAAAAUUACAAGGUAGAACCACAGCCGCUUAUCCCUAAGAUUACUGGAAUGCCUCCUCCAGAUGAAUAUGACGAUCCUCCUGUACUCAAUUCCAAGAAAAAAGUCCUGACCGACCCGGCUUAUAACAGACUUGUCAGACGAAAAGCGGUCAGAGUUGGCAAUCUCCAAAAUAUCGACCCCAAGAAGCCCUCGAAGUUCAAACAAAAUCGUGGCCAAGGGUACACUCUUAACAGGAACAAUGAUACUGCAGCGAACUUAAUCAUUACUGCUAAUCAGCGCCAUGACUACGACUCCGAGAACGAGUUUCAAAAUAAAGAGGAAUUCGACCUGAGCAAAUAUCAUGGGUUUGACGAAGAAACGAACACUCUUACUGUCAGCGAUCAAGGCUCCGACGAUGAAAUCAAAGAGGCAGCCCCCGUGGUCUUAGAUGGAUUGUCACACAACUUCAAUUGA